AUGCAACUUUUACAGACUCCACCCGUGGCCGCCGCGCGCUUGAGUCCUUCUGCGACGGAGGUCAACCUGCCUGGCAUCCAUCCACAUACUACACCCGCUUCGCCUUCUGCCAUGUCAGACGCGACGACUUUCCCGGAAGACGCGAAGACCACUCGUAUCUACGCUGGGAAACUCUUCGACUCGGAAGCGCGAAUAUUGCUCCCAAACCGCCUCAUCACGAUCGCCGUAGACUCCGGCUUGAUUCUCUCUGUUGAUGUGUACAAACUCGGAGAUGUACCGUCAGAGAAAAGCGAGGAUGUGAUAGAUCUGAGCGAUACCACAGUCUUUCCUGGACUUGUUGACACUCAUGUUCAUUUCUUCCUUCACUCGUAUUCGGAGACGACGUGGGAUGAUCAAUUGACCAAGGAGAGCCUGGCUGAACGCACCGUGCGCGCAACAGUCCAUGCGAAACGCACGCUCAUGGCAGGCUUCACAUCUGUGAGAGAUCUUGGCACCGAAGGUGCUUUUGAUGCGGAUAUUGCGCUUCGCAAGUGCUUGUCUGGACCCAAUGCCCUCAUCCCCGGACCGCGAUACUUUUGCGCUAGCAAAGCUAUAAUCGCUACAGGAAGCUAUGGCCCGAAAAGCUCUCUAUACCCGAGCCAGGAUGGCAUAGAUGGUGUCACUGGCGCGGAGAUCGUCGAUGGCGAGGUCGAGUGCUUGAAGGCGGUUCGUCGACAGAUUGGUGCCGGCGCGGACUGGAUAAAGAUAUAUGCUGAUUAUAGGGUCCGGUCCCGGAUGGCAGACGUAGCCCCAGGGCUAGCCGGUACCGCAAUAACGACAUUCAAUAAGAAGGAGUUGCAGGUCAUGAUAGACGAGGCGACCUCUCGUGGAGUUAAGGUUGCAAUCCACGCCGCGGACUGGGGACGAAUCCGAGGCCUUGCGGUCAAUACCAUUGAGCAUGGCGCUGAGUCCAUACCACCCUAUCCUGAGACGGCCACUCGAUCCGAGAUCGUGGAUCUGUGGCGACGCUAUGAGCUCAGGAAUCGGCAUACCACAUGGGUGCCAACCCUUGCGGUCAUGUACAACUCAGGCGCCGCUAGAUGGGCACGAGCGUCGUCUACCUUCCGUGCCGCGCUGGAAGCAGGCUAUGAUAACAUCGCUUGCGGCGGUGAUACAGGCGCAUUCGCUCACGGCGAAAACGCACUUGAGUUGCAGCUUAUGGAGAAGCUCGGCGCACCCUGGCAGAAGGUUCUCUCCUGGGCUACACUUGGUGGCUGGAAGUCCAUACGUCCUCGAACUUGGGAGGGUCGGGAAGGCGAGAUACGUUUGGCGCGUGUGGCAUCACUAUCCGAAGACCCAAGGCAGGUGGGGGAUAACGAGGUUGCCUUUGGCAUCAUCAAGCGAGGCUUCGUGGCCGACAUCGUUGCGACCACGGGCGAUUUGGAAAAGGACUUCCCGGGUGCCGUUAGCAAGGAUAAAAUCACCUUUGUAAUGAAGGGCGGGCGAGUGUACAAGCAUGAGGGGCGACCGGUUGCCGACUACUAG